UGUCGAGGAAGAGCCGAGGCGGUAGGUCGGUAGCCACGUUGACCUUGGAGACCAAGAGACGUGCGGGCAAGUUUUCCUCCCUCCACACACCAUAUUUUAUAUUCCCCCUAAUCCCCUAUUCAUUGAUUACUUAAUUAGUGGUAAUGAGGUAUAGCAAGAGACGUAAACGGUAAACAUUGAGUCUCUUAUAAUUCAAAAAAAUCCUCAAAUAAAAAAAAAAAACUUCCAUCUUUUAAUUUCAACUCUAAUUAAUUUCCCCACUUUCCCUAAAUUUCCUCUUUCUUUGCAUUAUUAUCCGAUCAUCACACAUAAAAUUAAAACUAAUUCAACUUUCACUUUCUCUCUCUGGAACCUUCUUCUGUACGGAAACUCAUCUUCUCCAACCAAAGGGGCAAAGAACCCUAAUCUAUCUUUUCUACUUAAAUUAUGAUCGAACUUUGUUUUUAGUAUGAUUCGAUUGUAAACUACUUCAUUUUUCUUAAUUUUCAGUUUUUUUUUAAAGGUUUGAAUUGAUUGAUUUGUCUCUUUCUUUUUUCAAUCGUAAAUAUUGUAAAUUUGUUCAUAUUACUUCGAAUAAUCUCUUCAUUUCUUUGUUUUUUUGUCAAAUAAUAACUUCUUUUUCAAUCCAUCAAUUUCAGUGUUUUUAUGAAAAUUGUGCUUGGUUUGAUUGAUUAGGGUUUGGUUAAUUUUUCAAAAAUUGCUGGGUUUUCCAAAAAUGGGGAAUUUGUGAAUUUUUCUGGGCUUCAAAAUUAGGCAAGAACAUGAACUUUUGAAUUAAUCUGGAGGAAAUCAUCCCCAAUUUAUAAUCAUAUUACUUCUGGGCGUUGCUCUGUCUCCUCUUUUACUGAGAGGGCUGGUUGAUGAGGAAUGAAGGGAGAAAAGCUCGUGGAGGAGUGGCAGCUGCUGCUUCUUCAUCGGGCCGGCCCAAUGGGAUCAUCCCGAGCUCGUUCCGGGCGCUUUCGAGUUAUCUGAGGAUCGUAUCGUCCGGUGCUUCAACCGUUGCGUCCACUGUCCGGUCAGCGGCUUCGUCGAUUGUGGUGGAUAGAGAUGAUGAUGCUCGCCAUGAUCAGGUGCUUUGGGCUGGGUUUGACAAGUUGGAAUUUGAGGGAGACAAUGUACGGCAGGUUCUGCUGUUGGGUUAUCGAUCUGGUUUUCAGGUAUGGGAUGUGGAGGAAGCUCACAAUGUUCAUGACUUGGUGUCCAAACAUGAUGGUCCCGUUUCAUUUUUGCAAAUGCUGCCAAAACCAUUGCCAACUAUGGCAUCUGAAGAUAAAUUUUCUGACAGUCGUCCUCUGCUGGUAGUGUAUACAGAUGGAUCUCGUCUUCUGGAUGGGAAAAUUGCUCCGUGCAAUGGAAGCAUUUCCAAUGGCAGUGUUCCUGGGAAUGGCCUCUAUGGCCCUUCUAGUAUUCGAUUUUAUUCAUUAACUUCCCAGUCUUAUGUACAUAGUUUAAAGUUUAGAUCAGCUGUUUAUUCUGUUAGGUGCAGUCCUCGGGUCGUAGCUGUUUCGCAGGCAGCUCAGGUGCACUGUUUUAAUGCUGCUACCUUGGAGAGGGAAUAUACCAUCCUUACAAAUCCUGUUGUGACUGGCUGCCCUGGUUCUGGUGGCAUAGGAUAUGGUCCACUUGCAUUGGGUCCUAGGUGGCUGGCGUACAGUGGUAAUCCAAUAGAUGUUUCAACUGCAGGUCGUGUCAGUCCACAGCAUCUUACACCUUCAGCAACUUUUUCCAGUUCAGAAUCAAAUGGUAAUCGUGUGGCUCAAUAUGCAGUGGACUCCAGUAAGCAUCUGGCUGCAGGAAUUGUGACACUGGGGGAUAUGGGUUAUAAAAAGCUGUCUCGUUAUUGCUCUGAGCUAUUGCCUGAUUCUAAUCACUCAGUUCAAUCUGGAGUUACUGGAAGCAAAGUCAACGGCGCUGUUAAUGGGCAUAAUGGUCACCUGCCUGACGUAGAUAGUGUUGGAAUGGUCAUUGUUAAAGAUGUCGUCAGUAAAAAUGUGAUCACUCAGUUUAGAGCACACAAAAGCCCUAUUGCUUCAUUAUGUUUUGAUCCCAGUGGGACUUUGUUGGUGACAGCUUCAGUUCAAGGCCAUAACAUCAAUGUUUUCCGCAUUAUGCCUGGACAUCCUGCAUCGGAUGCCUAUGGAUCCUAUGUUCAUCUUUACAGACUGCAGCGCGGCCUUACCAAUGCGGUUAUACAGGAUAUAACUUUCAGUGAUGACAGCCGCUGGAUCAUGAUAAGUUCAUCUAGGGGCACAAACCAUCUCUUUGCUAUCUCCCCUUUUGGUGGUACUGUGGAUCUUCAAUUUGCAGAUACUAAUGUUGAAAGUAAUGGAUUUAGUGUUGCAAGCAGUACAGUUGUUCCAUGGCAACCUCAACCUGCUGGUUUAAUGUUAAAUCAGAACAAUCUUUUUGCAUCUGGUCCACCUAUAACCCUGUCUGUUGUUAGCAGGAUAAGAAAUGGAAAUAAUGGUUGGAAAGGCACUGUUAAUGGUGCUGCAGCUGUUGCAACAGGCAAGAAUAGUUCUCUAUCUGGUGCUGUUGCUGCUGCUUUCCAUCUAUGCCGAGGCAAUGACAUGCAUCUUAAUGAAUUUGCUAUGAAGUCUAAGUACCACAUGCUGGUUUUCUCUCCUUCUGGUAGUUUGAUACAAUAUGCACUUCGAGUUCCUCUUGCGCAAGAUGCAUUAGCUGCUGUUUCUGGAGUUAAUUUUGCCUAUGGAUCGGCUCCAGGCAAUGAUUCAAAAUUAAUGGUCGAGCCUACUCAGAAAUGGAAUAUUUGUCAGAAACGAAGGGAAAGAGAAGAGAACUUUGAUAUCUAUGGUGAAAAUGGUAUAUCAGAGUCCUCUAAAAUACAUAGCGAAGGGACUAGAAAUGAAUAUGGUACUAGAUCAAAGCUAAGUGUUGAAGAAAGAAAUCAACUUUACAUUUCCGAAGCUGAACUGCAGAUGCAUGAUCAGCAGGUCCCACUUUGGGCAAAAUCUCAGAUUUACUUUCAAUCAAUGAUGGAUGAUGCCAUUAAGAUAGACAAUGAAAAUGCUGGAGGGGAAAUGGAGAUUGAAAACAUUCCUCUACGCACGAUCGAAUCUAGGUCCAAGAAUUUGGUUCCUGUUUUUGAUUAUCUGGACAAUCCCAAAACUCAACUGGCAAGAGUUUCUGCUGCAGAUAGCAAGAUUGAAGCAGGGCAGCUGCCUCAAAAUGGGAAUAUUCUAAAUGGGGUUAGGCCUUAUGCUUUGGGGUUGACUGAAAAUGGUGUUGAAAACCAUCGCGGUGUUGGAGAAAACAAGUAUGGUAUACUGAAGCCUGCAGAUGAUGCAAUGGGCUAUGUAAAUACUAAUGACAGCCCUAAACGAAAGUCAUCUGAGCUUCAGUCUGUAAAUAAUAGAGAUAGAGAACACUUGAAAAUGGAUGACUCAUCCCAAGCUUGUAAAUAAAUUACAGCGAAGCCUUGAAAAUGGAGAAUCAGUUUGAAGGCAAAGAUUUGAAAGUUUGAUUGAGGAUGCGGCUAUUCUUUUAUUCUCAAGGUGUGUGAUAAGUUCGUGUUUAUAUUUACCGUGAUAUCUGUAGAGGACUAAGACAUGACAUUGUGAUUAUUCCAGGGCCUGGAACUUUGUUAAUAUUGUGGUGUUGGGCGGUUUCCUUCACAUUGGAUUUGUACAUAAUAGUCGUUCUUGUCAAUAAUCUAUACUGUGUACAUAAUAGCUACUUAACACUGUCUCCAAUUUUCGUCAUUAUAUUUAUUUAUUUUGAUCUGAUUCUCGGAGCAGUCAUAUUCUUUAUUUAUAUUUCUCCGAUUUAUCAGAGCAGUCAUUUUCCAUGGUUAGAAAAAUUAGAAUUUGUUGCAAAGUAACUCACCAUAAUGAAAUUGAGAAGUCUCUUAUUGUGGUUGGUUUG